ACGCCUCUGUAUGAUCGUCGUCAUCAGUACAACACUGCUACUCCCACCGCGCUGUCCUCGGCCACCAAACGACAGACUAUCCGACGCACGCUCAAGUUGUCCGCCUUUUGCCCACCGAAUGAAUUCCCCCAAGUGCCGGCCAUUGUGAUCCACUGUGUCACUGAGGUGGCCACUCGGGGACUCCAACAAGUUGGCCUCUACCGCAUCUCGGGAGCAGCGAAACAGGUUCAGGAACUUUACUCCAAAUUUAUGCAUGGGCGCGUGACACCCAGCCUGGCCCUGGUCGAUGACAUUAAUGUAAUCUGCUCUUGCCUAAAAAUGUUCCUUUCCGCUCUGGACGAGCCUCUGGUCACCUACGCUCACCGGCCUGAGUUCGCCGAGGUUGCCAAGCUUGCAGAGUCAGAACCGGAGGUCUUCAAGUUUCGUGUGGCAAUGAUUCUGGACAAAUUGCCGUCUGUCUACCGAGACACUCUCUCCUACCUCAUGCUCCACCUAAAGGUUCGUCCUCCCCCCAUUUUGAGCCUAUCGUCUCUGUUUUCGGAUUCCUGGGGACAGGAAAUUCCUGGUAGUUUGACAAACACAUCAAAAGCCCAGUUACGCGAAGUGGUUAUUACACUUUCAUCACGCCUAUCCAGUAAACCAGAUGGCAGAGCCCAAUGUGUAUCAAUAAUGCUGAUAAUUUUGAUUAUAUGCAAAUUACUUCUUCGCGAGAAACGUUGA